AUGGCCCAGUCGCCUCCUCAGCAGAACUUCCUUGGCUUAGACCAUUGGAUCGUCUCCCAGGGUUGGGGCUGGGAGGGCCACUCCGACUCCACGUCCCCAGCCUCUUCCUCGGAUUCCUCGAGCUCGUGCCCCUGUGACAGCGCCCUCGGCCUCUCUCAGAUCGCAAACCCAGCCCGCAGCGCCCGAGUAGCUGAGGCCAUUCCGACAGUGCCCAGACGUGCACGGACGGGACCAGCGGGUGGACAGCGGCGGAGCGCCAGCGAGCGCGAGAAGCUGCGCAUGCGCACCCUCGCCCGCGCCUUGCACGAGCUGCGCCGCUUCUUGCCGCCGUCCAUCGCGCCGGCCGGCCAGAGCCUGACCAAGAUCGAGACGCUGCGUCUGGCCAUUCGCUACAUCGGCCACCUGUCGGCUAUGCUGGGCCUUAACGAGGACAACUUGCAGUGUCGGCGCCGGUGGCGCGCGGACGCAGUGUCUCCCCAGGACUGCGCGCUCUGCCCCGACGGCGGUCCCGUGCAGGUGCAGACCCGGGCUCCUGGCCCGGGUUUGGGCACUGCUUUCUGUACCGGGCCGUGCUGGGGGUCCCCGCCCUCCUAUCCUGCCACCGGAGCCCUGGCUGAGAGCCCGGGGAGCAGGGUUUCCAACACGGAUUCCUGGGUAACACCCCCUUACUGCCCCAAGAUACAGUCGCCCCCGCUCCAGCCCCUAGGGAGAGUUCCUGACCCGGUUCUUUGGACGCCACCCAAAACCUGUCCCGGAAAGCAGACAUCCCUGGAGCCUCAAAACCCCGCUUCACCCUGGACGCCACCAGCGGAGCUGGCUGCAGUGUACCAGGAUAUCUCUGGGUCUUCAGAAUCCUGUCUACCUCUGGGAAGUCCACCCCUUCUGCCCCGCCCUUCAUGCCAGAGACUCCAGCCUCAGACACAGUGGGGGUGUUGGAGCCACAGUGCAGAGGCGCUGCCCAGCUCAGAGGACCAGGGACCUGGCCCUGUUUUCCAACUCAGUGAAGUGAGCCUCACCCAGAAUUCAGGCCUACGGCUCAGUAGCUGCCCUGAACUUUGGCAAGAAGAUUUGGAGGGGACCCACCUGGGCAUCUUCUGAUGGCCCUACCUGGCCUUUUUACAUCCAAGAAUCAGGCUUGCAAUGUGGACGUCCUCCUCUUCUGUUUCUUUGGUGGUUUUAAAGCUUUCUAGCCAAAUACUUAUCAUGAAAACAGUGUCUGGAACAGAGAUAGUGGGUAUCCUCCCAGGCUGGAGUGGGGUUAUGACAGUGCCCUCUACUGCUAGGCACCCCCCUCCCAUACACCAUGUCUUGUAUUUUGCAGAGCACAGUCUAAGCUGCUCUGAAAAGGGGGCUGCUUGACCCCCAAAGAGACCAUGCUGGGACUGGUAAGGGAGUGGGCAUGGAGGCCAGGCUCUUGCUCUGCUGUGUUUCUUGGUGACAGCUGUCCAGAAUCCGAUAUGCUUAAGAUGUUUUGUAACUUUUUAAAAAAGAAAAAAUACCAAUAAAAUUUUGAUACAGUC